CUCUGCCUUCCACUCAAGUCCCUCUCUCGGUGCUCAAUCCGAUUACUGCACUUUUCACCUGUAAUUUUGCAGAUCUCAUUUCCGGUACCUUAAGUGGAAGUUACCGCCGGCGAGUAUGGGAGCUUAUAGAUCCGACGAUGAUUAUGAUUAUCUCUUCAAACUCGUACUGAUCGGUGACUCAGGCGUCGGCAAAUCGAACCUACUCUCUAGAUUCACCAGGAACGAAUUCAACCUCGAAUCGAAGUCCACUAUAGGAGUCGAAUUCGCUACUCGAAGCAUCCGUGUUGAUGAUAAGGUCAUCAAGGCUCAGAUUUGGGACACCGCCGGCCAAGAGAGAUAUCGAGCAAUUACAAGUGCAUAUUAUCGAGGAGCUGUAGGAGCAUUACUUGUUUUCGAUGUAACUCGUCACAUAACAUUCGAGAACGUAGAGAGAUGGUUAAAGGAACUCCGUGAUCAUACAGAUGCUAACAUUGUAAUAAUGCUUGUUGGUAACAAGGCAGAUCUGGAACAUCUUCGAGCAGUUUCAACAGAUGAAACAAAGGCAUUUGCUGAAAGAGAAAGAACAUUCUUCAUGGAAACAUCUGCAUUGGAAUCUAGAAAUGUUGAAAAUGCAUUCACUGAAGUUCUUACUCAAAUUCAUCAGAUUGUUAGCAAGAAAGCCCUUGAAGUUGGAGAUGAUCCGACCGCGUUACCCAAGGGACAAACGAUCAAUGUUGGGAAGGAUGAUCCUUCGGCUGCGAAGAAAGUGGGAUGCUGUUCGGUAUAAUUAGCAGACAAAAAGAGGUGAUUGAUUGAUCAAUUCUGGUCUUCUUUUUGGAUGACUUUCUUAUAAUAUGCAAGCUAGAGUUUGACGAAUUCUAUAUAUACAUUUUCAUUUCUAUUGCACAAAAACCUUAUUCAGUCUUUUAUUAGUAUUAUUGCUUUUCAAACAUAUCUGCAUAAACAGAAUUUUCUAUUAUAAUACAAUGUGUUUAAACUUGA